UGCAUUGCGCGUCAUCAUAUAUACCACCAGCGCUGGUGCUGCGAUUGUAAAAACUGUGCAAGAGAUACGAACCUUUUCGAAAUGGAAAAAGCAGGCUAUAAUAUAAUUCCUGAAAACGAAUUGGAAUAUUUAGACCAAAUUAGUAGCCGGGAAAGCAGAAAUACGGUAUAUACGGCUAAGUGGACCCACGAAGGCGCAGAACGCAUGGUGGCUGCAAAAAGCUGCAAUAACUUCCGGGAGGAGGAAGUCAGAAUUCUGGCAGACUGCAAGCCGCACAAAAAUGUCAUCGAGUUUUUGGGACUUGUAAAACUGAAGAUCCCUCCAAAUGGUUUUGUCAUUGUGACAGAGUUGGCUGAGAAAGGUUCCCUCUGGUGCGUGAUCGCCCAGAACCGCGGGAACUGGCAGGAAUACAGGCAGCCAGUUUGGCUGAAAUGGGCUAAGGAAGGGGCCGAGGCUCUGAGGUACAUCCACCAGAAGAACUACCAACAUGGGGAUGUGAAGUCACCCAAUUUUGUGAUUACAGAUGAUGAUACUUUGAAGAUCUGUGACUUGGGCACAGCAAGACCAUACACCUACACUGCAUCCACGAACACCGUGAGGGGAUCUUUUCCGUGGAUGGCGCCAGAAGCCAUGGGCAAGUGUGAUUCAGAGGUAGGCCUAAACACAGAUGGUGGACAGAGGAAAUCUUUCCAAGUCACAGCAAAGUCAGAUAUUUUCUCGUAUGCUGUAGUCAUUUGGGAACUGAUUACUGGCAAGGUACCCCAUGAAGAGAAGGACGUGCUUGAGAUUCUAAAAGCUGUUCGUGAAAAUAAAGAGCGUCUUAAAAUCCCCAGCGAGUGCCCUGAUAGUCUUGCUGACCUCAUGGUGAGGUGCUGGGAUGCAGAUUACCGUCACAGACCAAGCAUGGAGGAGGUGCUUCAACGCCUUGUGGAACUUGAUGAGACAGAUGCAAAGCUUGAUGCAAUUGCAUGGGACAGAGAUGCAGAUUGUGCCAGUGGAUCAAGGAGCAGGAUGGUGUCAGCAGAACACCAUAAGUUUCAGUUGGAUCUCGCCGAUGACCCUGAUGACAAGGGAGCUGAAGACGAUCAGCAGCUUAGUCAAAUAGAGUGUGAGCAACUUUUCUUAAAUGUGGCAGAUAUGUUGUCACAAAUGUGGGAAAGAGUAGCAAUUUUCUGUGGUUUUACCUCUGAUGAGGUUAAUAACUUCAAGCGGGACAACAAACCACCAUAUCAGGCAUUUCAGAUGCUGUGCAUCCUGAGGAAAAGGGAACCCUCUGCAUGGACAACGACCCUGAGCAAGGCUUUGGAAAAGGUGGAACGAAACGAUGUGCUGGAGUUUCUCAACAGACGCAUUUUCUUAUUAAAAAAAGGUGCAUCUGAAACUUAUGUUUCUCCCGGAGAUCGUGUUAUGAUUGAUUGUCUCAGUAUUGGGAUCAUCAGAGGACAACGGUAUCUCAAGGCAUGGAGGCAUUACUUGUUCAAAAUCGAAGAUUCUCCACAAACAACAGAGGAUGGUACUAGCUACUACUUCUAUGGUAAAUUGAGAGAUGAAAGUGGAUUACCAAUCUACUUCAUUUACUAUCAAAAGGACUAUGAAAUCUGUCUGAAACAUUUCGAGAUGAUAGCAGCGAGUACAGACAAAAAACCAUUGUACAUGUGGUAUGUCAAUGUGCUGGAUCAAGAUGAGGGAUAUGGGGGGCCAGGAAGAGGUUCAAGUGUGUACAAACUGCAAUUUAACGAACAUUCAAGAAUAUGCUGGGCUUAAAAAAUAACAUUCAAGAAUAUGCUGGGCUUAAAUAAUGCAUACUUUUGCUAGAACAUGGACUAAAUUGCAGGAUUAAAGCUUGCUUCCUCUUUAGUAAUCAAAAGCAUGAAAUCAAGAAAAGCAAGUAUAAUUAGGAGUUGGAAUCCCACUUGAGCAUGGUUGGUUCUUCCUCAGUACUUGUAAUAGUGCUCAUUCAGUGACAGGCAAUCCCUUGACUGUAAUUUGUCAGUAUGUCAUUUUUCUGGUAUCAAUUGAUCAACCAGGAAUUUUAAGGUGUAAUUAUUACAGACAGCAUAUGUUUUAGAUUGGGCUGUCCAUUUUCGAAAACUUUAAUAUCCAAUUACUUGAAAUUGCAUUUGACCGAAUAUUUGGAUAUUGGGAACAGCCAGCUGCAACUGCGUGCUGCGCCAAUGAAAAGUUGCACGAAGAGUACGCCAGUCUACUUAUAUGGGUGCUGUCGUGUUUUUUUUUUAGUAUUUUAUAACUGUAAAUGGCUUUAACUGGCUAAAAGGAUGAGAAAAACGAACCGUUGUCAGUUGUCAACAAAAGCAUUACCGUUGACAAAAAGUGGCACUUGAAAAUAAAGCACCCAACUUUACAAAAUAAAAAAAUUACAGUUGUGUGCAUAGCUUUUUUUGUUUUGAAUAUUCAGACUGGCAAAAAGCUAUUCAAACCAGCUCUGGUUUAAGAUUUUGCCAUAUGAUUGCCAUCAUCCUCUGUAUUAUACAGUGUAUUAAAUAUUACUCCUAUAAUUCGUACAAAGAGUGGAAUAUCCCCCCCCCCCCGGCACCCUUUCACCAGGGCCGGGCUGCUUAGUUUUGGAUAUUGAAGGGUGAUUGUAUACCCUUAUGACUAUUGGCAAAGACCAACUUUUUUUGGCCAUUCAACCGUCAUGUCAUGUAUAUAAUGUAUUGUUCAUACAGCAAGGUUGAAACGUCACUUCUUAUGAAUGUAAUGAAACUCCAAUUUUUAUUUUGAGAAAAGAAAAAUGGAUGGACAUUAUGUGUGGAAAUUUUUUUUUGUAUGGAUGUUGUAUAUAAUAAUUGUUCAAGAAAUUUUAGCUUUCAAAGUUCACAUACACAAGAUGAUGUAUAUGUAAGAUGGCAUAAGUGAAACAAAAUGAUUUGCAAUGGGAAAUAUGCAUUAAAAUAACAUUACUUUGUAUCCAUUAAUACCUAAGACCCAUUCCGAUUGGUCAAGAGAGCCCGUCACCUGGGUGGUUUUAAACCUCUAAUAAAACACCGACUGAUUUUAUUCACAGUUUCCAUAUAAGAUUUUUAGCGCUAUACACACAGGAGGCCAAAACCAUAGACACGGUUUUUGCCUCCUGUGUGUAUAGCGCUAAAAAUCUUAUUUGGAAACAGAACAUGAAGGAAAUUGUUGAACAAAAUUUGUAAAAUUUUGACUUGUGACUUU